AUGGAACUGCUGACCGACCCCGUUCAGAUCUGUAUUCUGAUGGGUACCCUGGCCUAUGGCGACGUCGGUUGUGGACUGAGGCGGCACCUUGGGGCUAUGAGCAGUCUGACCCUGCUGUUGAUCAGGAGACGGGUUGGAGAACAGGUGGUCAACGGCCUGGAUUGCCAUUCUAACCCUCUUGGAUCUGUUGCGCCUGCUUUUCUGCUCUGGGACGAAGGUAGUGUCGUGCUGGGUGGUAUCCCGGAUGAAAGAGUGGACUUGCUCCUGGGCUAG